CAUAGCCCAGCAGAAUCAAAUGAAUUGGUGUCUAGAGAAUUGCUCACCCUGGUGUUCCCUACAGUAGAAGGUCUCCAGAUGGUUUACCUUAAGGAAGUCACAGGACUGAAACAUUUUCAGAGAACCUUUUAGAAGGAAUAAGUCUGCUUCAAUAAAUGAAGGAGAAUAAAGAAAACUCAAGCCCUUCAGUAGCAUCAGCAAACCUGGACCACACAAAACCAUGUUGGUACUGGGAUAAGAAAGACUUGGCUCAUACACCCUCACAACUUGAAGGCCUCGAUCCUGCCACCGAGGCCCGGUACCGCCGAGAGGGGGCUCGCUUCAUCUUUGAUGUGGGCACACGUUUGGGGCUACACUAUGAUACCCUGGCAACUGGAAUAAUUUAUUUUCAUCGCUUCUAUAUGUUCCAUUCCUUCAAGCAAUUCCCAAGAUAUGUGACAGGAGCUUGUUGCCUCUUUUUGGCUGGAAAAGUAGAAGAAACACCAAAAAAAUGUAAAGAUAUCAUCAAAACAGCUCGUAGUUUAUUAAAUGAUGUGCAAUUUGGCCAGUUUGGAGAUGACCCAAAGGAAGAAGUAAUGGUUUUGGAGAGAAUCUUACUACAGACUAUAAAGUUUGAUUUGCAAGUAGAGCAUCCAUACCAGUUCCUUCUCAAAUAUGCAAAACAACUCAAAGGUGAUAAGAACAAAAUUCAGAAGUUGGUCCAAAUGGCAUGGACGUUUGUAAAUGACAGUCUCUGCACCACCUUAUCACUGCAGUGGGAACCAGAGAUCAUAGCAGUAGCAGUGAUGUAUCUCGCAGGACGUCUGUGCAAAUUUGAAAUACAAGAAUGGACCUCCAAACCUAUGUAUAGGAGAUGGUGGGAACAGUUUGUUCAAGAUGUCCCUGUUGAUGUUUUAGAAGACAUCUGCCACCAGAUCCUGGACCUGUACUCACAAGGGAAGCAACAGAUGCCUCACCACACCCCUCAUCAGCUGCAGCAGCCCCCAUCUCUUCAGCCCACACCACAAGUGCCACAAGUACAGCAGUCACAGGCGGCUCAGGGCUCUGACCCAGCCCCGGCCCAGCAGAAGGACUCGCAGCAGCCAGCUCCACAGCCACAGCCGCAGCCGCAGCAGCCACAACCACCGCCACCACCAGCCCAGCAACAGCAGCAGCCUCCACCACCACCCAAGAAACCAUCUCCACAGCCUAGUCCUCCUCGACAGGCUAAGCGUACCGUGGUUGUUUCUCCCAAAGAAGAAAACAAAGUCACAGAACCACCACCACCUAAAAUCCCCAAACUUGAGACCACCCACCCACCUUUACCCCCAGCACAUCCACCUCCAGACCGGAAGCCUCCCCUGGCCACUGCCUUAGGUGAUGGCGAGCCACCUGGUCCAGUGGAAGCUGGUGACCUCCCCAAAGUCCAGAUUCCACCUCCAGCCCAUCCAGCCCCUGUGCACCAACCCCCACCGCUGCCGCAUCGGCCUCCACCCCCGCCCCCCUCGAGCUACAUGACCGGGAUGUCCACCACCAGCUCCUACAUGUCUGGAGAGGGCUACCAGAGCCUGCAGUCCAUGAUGAAGACCGAGGGCCCUUCCUAUGGCGCCCUGCCCCCAGCCUACGGCCCACCCGCCCACCUUCCCUACCACCCCCAUGUCUACCCUCCCAACCCGCCCCCACCACCUGUGCCCCCACCCCCAGCCUCCUUUCCCCCACCCACCAUUCCCCCCCCCACUCCAGGGUACCCCCCGCCUCCCCCCACAUACAACCCCAAUUUCCCACCCCCACCCCCCCGCCUGCCCCCCGCCCAUGCAGUCCCACCUCACCCUCCUCCAGGAUUGGGCCUGCCACCUGCUAGCUACCCGCCUCCUGCUGUCCCCCCUGGGGGACAGCCACCUGUGCCCCCGCCUAUCCCCCCACCUGGCAUGCCACCUGUUGGGGGGCUGGGGCGGGCAGCCUGGCUGAGAUAACAUGACGCCUUGUCCCUUGUUUUUUAACAAGAGUUUUUCUGAUUGACGUGAGUAGUUUGAGGGGUAAGCAUCAGGGUACCUUGUAUAAUGCUAGACAGUUAGGGUAUGGAAGAAGGGAACACCCUCCCUCAUGGAGGGCGGGACAGAGCCUCAGUGUGGCCUGGCAGUGCCUCUUGCCAUUUUGACUGUACCCAGCUUCCGCUAACAUCAUCUGAGAGUCCUGCACUGGGUUCCUGUACUCUAGUGAAAAUGUUAACCAGCCACAUUGGCUCCAUGAAUAGCUUCAGUAAGGAGUGAAUUUCCUUCUAGAAAUCAGUGCCUAUUUCCUGAAAGCUCAAUUUCCAAUAGUCCUAUCUCUUCUGCAGUCACGCUGUUGUCGUUUCGUUCAGUGGCUUCUCUGUAGCCACUGCUACCUGUAGUUUUUUGCAUCCUUUGUCUGCAGUCACCGGAAGGGCUGUCUUGUUGGAUGGCUUUUUUCUUUUCCUCCUGGGAGAAGGGGAGAAAUGUACUUGGAAAGUAAUGUAUGUUUACAUCUCUUUGCAAAUUCCUGUACAUAGAGAUAUAUUUUUUAAGCGUGAAUGUAACAACAUACUGUGAAUUCCAUCUUGGUUACAAAUGAAACUCCUUCAGUCAGUUACCCAAAUAAAAUCAGCUCUAAAACGA